AUGUCUGUUUCCCCGAAAGAUGAUGUGAUGAAGGAUGGCCUGCUGCAGACGAACUCUCCCAAACCCAGCAAAUUCAAAUCAUUCAUCGCAAAGCGGCGGGAGUCACACAACCUGCCGCGUCCAACGAUCGGCGAGCUAAGUGCGGAUAACGGGAGGAAGCUUAUAUCCUCACACUCCGAGUUUGAAGCCGUGAUCGGGUACAGAGACUGCGAGAAGAAAUGCCAAGCUCCAUUAGAAGCAGCCGGUUCUAACGAAAAGCAAAGUCGGGCCGUCGUCACAGGAUCUUGGAUCGAGGUAUCCGGGACCACAGGGUAUGCCACUCACGUCUCGCUUUCAACGACCUUUUCAGCUGACAUUUCCAGUGUUCACUACGACACCGGCUUCAUCUCAGGCUCUGUCGUGGAGCAAACAGAACAAGCUUUCAUCAACAUUGCGUCAGCGCUCGAACAGGCAGGUUCCUCGCUCCGAGAUGUCGUGCGCGUGCGGUACAUCCUCCCUGACAAGCGAGAGUUCUCCCUGAUAUGGCCGACGCUGAGGAGUGUGUUUGGCAACAUUCGACCGGCUGCUACGAUGAUUCAGGCUGAUCUGAUGAACGACGAGAUGAGGAUUGAGAUUGAGGUGACGGCAAGGAAGCCAGGAAUUCGUGAACGGCAAGGAAUAUAUUCCAAUGACUCUUGUGAGUAUAUGGAUUUGGAAACAGAACUGGAGUUGGAGUCAACUGUUACGCAAGAUCGAGCUCCUCGCGCGUCUUUUGCGGAUGAUAGGCGCGACGGCGCCAAAGAAACAUUCACCCAAUUUGGUAAUGGAAGCUUUGAGCAGGAAGAUUUGUACUCUGAGGAGAGACCGGAAGGUGCAAGGGAGGAGGCCGAAGAAGCCCAAGGCCAGAAGGGAAAGGAUACGAUCGACACCUGCACCAUCUCCACAUCCCAAGAGGCCCAGUCCUUCUACAACCCAACAACCACCUACCCCAACGUCCACCAAAUCAUCCGAAUCCACGGCCCGAUCCCCCCCCUCACCGACCCGGCCCUGACAUCCUACUACCUCGCCCAGGCCUGCCAAUUCGCCCAAGUCUGCCCCAUCUCCUUCCACGGCACCUACUCCCGUAACGCCCGCUCCUGCGCCCCCGGCUGCACCCUCCAGCCCGUCUGCAACCCCUACCGCGAGGACUGCCCCGGCAACUGCGGCCGCUCCCACGUCCGCCGAACCUGCCACUCCGUGUUCGACGUCGACCCCCUUACCGCGGGCUACUGCUGUGCGGAGGCCGAUCGGCGCUCGGAGCACGACCGCGUCCUGGCGCAUGCGCACAACACGUCGGCGGAGGAGUGGGCGCAGAGGGCUGCGAUGGCGCGUCUGUGGGCUCCGCAUUACUAUGGCUACUAUGGGUUUGAGGCCGAGGCCGAGGCCGAGGAGCUGUCGCUAGAAGGACUGGGGCGGGUGCUGGAUGGUAUUCAUACGGAGACAAAUGUUGAUACGAAGACAAGUGAUGAUACCGAGAUCAACGACGAUACUACAUCACCUAGCGCCAUCAAAGGCUCAUCUUCAAAAGCUCUGUCCAAAGACCAACCAGGACACCUCCUCUCAAACAACAACGCCUCAACACCUAUGUCAGAGACCAACCCUGCUCACCCAUCCGAUACUCGCCAACCCCCCCUCUCUCCAACCGUGAAGCCUCGGGAUAGACAAGAGCAAGCCACCCAACUAGCAAAAACGUCAUUGAGAACUUCCUUGUAUCCAUUUAGACUCCAGAGCCUUGGUGGACGUCUCCCCGUCCAAACACAAUACAAGAACUUCUCCUCUUCAACAUCAUUACUUUUGGAUGCACGGGAUUCGCUGGCGAUAUGCGUCUCACGUAUGCUAUCAGCUGAUCUCGCCCUAGGUAUAGCACAGAUCUCGGUCUUCCUAUUGUAUUCCUCUGGCGAGAAUUCUAUGCCCAUCGCAGAAUUAUCAGGAGGUCAGCAUUUCAGAGCUGCAGGCGUCUCUCUCAUCUCUCUCAUCUUGGUUGGAUAUUGCAAGGCAGAUAUGUAG